UAUAUAUAUGCUACAAAACACAUACCGUACAAAUAGUUUUGUUGGUGUGGCAACUCUAAAACGUCUUGCAGCCUUCCAUAUUCCAAUAAGUGUACGGGAAAUCUUUUCCAACUGCGACAUAUACACAUUCUAUUCGCUUAAGGUGGUUAUGUAUUAUCAAUAUUUUAUUGAUGGGAUAAUUUAAAUUACUUAUCUGCAGUUUUUGCAAUUAAAAGUAAUCAAAAUAUAGCAAUUAAAAUAUUAAUUUAAAGUUGCGAAGUGAAAGAAGUACAUAAACAGUGUUUUAUAACAACUCACAAUUGCUAAUAAAAUGAGCACUAAUGAUCCCAAUAUUGGGCCAGGUGGACCGGGCAUCGGUGUGACUGGGAACACUGGUGGAGUAAGUGGGGUUUCUACGGCUGCAGCAGAACCUUUUAAAAUUAUUAAAAAUCAAGUUAUACAACAGCAAACACAACAAAAUUCACAAAUACCACCAAGAAUAAAUACACAUAAUUACCCGGCUAGCCCUGUGCACAAAACCUAUUUACCAUUUCAGUCACAAAUACAGUUAAAAAAUUUUCAAAAUUCCUUCAAUUCAGUUGCAGCCAAGUUGACGCACGUCAAAACCGCCGCUAUUGAUUCAGGAAGUGGCACUCUCGUAAGUGGAAUAACUAUAGGUGGCGUUUCUGGUGGAGGUAGCGGUAUGUUGGCCAGUGGCGUGUCAUCCGCAGGUGCUAUAAAAGUAGCCCCAGCGGGAACAGUUAAUAGCUCUAUUGUUACCCCGAUUGGGAUGAAUGCUUCACAAUCGACUACUGCAAUUCGAGCAAUUGGAACUGGUGGCCAAUCAACACAAGUACGUGUUGUUAUGCCAAGCGCUAUUAUGCCGCCGACUAUGAUUAAACAGUUUGAAAGUGUCGCUACUGGCCGUACACAAAUAACAGCAAUACCCGCAGCUGCUGCUCGUAAUGCCGCUAAUACGUCAAUAACUGUGACACGUCCUGGUACACAGACUACAUAUUUGCCACGUGCUGGAGUGAGUGCUACACAAAUCACUGGAAUGGGUGUUACUACGGGACAACGUGUGAUUACCCCAAUAAGAACUGCUCCAGUUGCAGGAGCUACAGUUACUGGUUUGACUGCUGCCGGUAAUUUUGUACGUGGCACUGCUGUAAGCAAGAAUUCAUCCCCGGCAACAACAGUUAUAUCUCCAGCUACAAGCACAACUUGGAUGGCAGCCAAUAACUCUGGACAAGUACAACUUAUAAGAGCCAUUCCACAUCAGCCAAGACAACGUAUAAUCACCACGCAAGGUAUAAAUAAUGCCGCGGUCGGAACUGGAGUUUCGGGAAGUAAUACUUUAGUAGCAAGCUCUGCUACUGUGGCUCCAACAAGUGUUGGUCAAAUACAAGGUCAGCAGAAUCAAAGUGUGGCAACGAAUAUACAAACUGUGCAGCCACAACCAGUACCCCACAGUCAGCAGCAACAAACUUAUGUAGCUACUUUAGCAACAGUGCUACCAUCACGUCAACAUCAGGCUACAUUGGUUUAUUCUUCUUCACAGCCGCUGUCGCAGCCUCAGGCAUACAGUCAGUCUGUGGCUACUGGCCAACGAUUCGCAGUUGCUAGCAGUUUGGCUAAUGCGGCCACAGGACAACGCCAAGUCCGACCUAUACCGCUCGGAAAAUCCUUUUCUACAACAAAACUAAAUACUACAAGCAUAAGUAUACGUCCACCGUCAUUACCGCAAUUGGCGCCAUCGAUUGGAACUGCUGUUUCUAAUACCAAUGUAUCAACAGCGGCCAUGGCUUCCAACUCACCACGCAGUACAACAGUUGCUGGUGUGUUGGCCUCCACCGCAACUGUUAUUCCUACAACUAACUUGUCAUCUACUCGUAUAAUACAAUUGCAACAACAAAGCGCACAACAGUUACUUGGGCCUGCUGGACGCUUAACUGGCAACGUAAUGCUGCAACCAAUUAUAGUAAAUGCUUCUAAUAAUAAAAUUGCAGGAAUAAGACCAUCUGUGACAAUGGCUGCCAAAUCUCAACCAUCUCUGACUAUUACUCAACUAGGAAUAGGAAAGUUACCCGGAGCAGUCUCUGCCAAUAAUGUAGGACCACAAAACAUAACAGCCAAUAUACAGACAAUUGUCAAUAACGGUGGUGCUUCUCCGUCGACAACUACCUCGAAUGUGAGUGUUCCUAACCUGUCGUCAUCAGCGAACACACAACUGGUAAAUGUGUCACAGGCACAAAUAUUGACUACACAAAACAUAUGCUCAUCAGCACCAACGGUUGUGCCACUUGCAAUUACACGAACACAAACUGCUGGAGGAAUUAUUUCAGGUACUAUACCGAUUAAAAACGCCAAUACCGUAACUGUGGGAAAAGUAAUGACACAAGCUCAAGUAAAUGCUGCAAAUAACGAUGCCAACUUGCCAGCUAGCGUAACGACUUGGCAUGCCGCCGCUGCUUCUGCGCGACCGCACAGUGGCAGUAAUACUGGAGUGCCUGCUUCGUCCACAACUCCCACAUCCAGUAUCAUGACUGCAACAAAUGCAAUGCUGUCGUCUACAGUUGCAUCUGGUACCAGCACGUUUUUACCACCUGGUAGUACCAUAUACUAUGAGUCAGUCCCUGCAAACUCAGUACAAGUAUCGACCGGGGUUCUUUCUCUCACCACCACAACUGUGACCAGCAGCACUGUAUCACAUACAUCAGUAGGCAGCACACAAAGUACUUUACCAAUUUCUUCGAUUCCUUUUGUGUCCAAUUCAGCAAACUCAACAGCUACGUUUACAGUUGUGCCGUCAAAUGCACGCAACUUGAGCCAGCUUCAAAUACCAGUUUCCAGCACAACGGGUUCUAUGCAAUCAAUGCCAGUACGUUUUAACGCACAAUUAUCAGCAAGCUCCGUGGGCCAUGCCGCUACAGAAGCAAUCACAGUUUCUCAGCCAACUACUCAAUUAGUGCAGGGUGCUGCUGUGAAUACUGGACAACAAAUCAUAAUACCAGCCCCACAUGCAGUACAAACUUCUGGACCCAUAACAGGACAAGCACCGCAACAUAUGGUUAUACCAUUGCCAACUUCUAUUAAAGUAACAUCUGGUGUAAAUACUGGUGGUACGGUUGUAUCUAACUUUUUACGCAAACGAGAAGCUGAUGGUUCUCCCAUUCGCGCUGCUAAAAAUCUUGGACCAACUCUGCUUUCAAUGAGUUCUAAUGCUACGACAUUGAAUUCACCGAUUGUACCUUCGGUGGGAAAUUCCUUAAACGUUUCAGUUGCGACUACAUCUUCAAAUACGACUCCGUUGACUGUGGAAGCUUUAGCUAAAAAAGAAGGAAGUAAUGUGCGAGUUAAUCGUGCUGAUUCGCCAGCAUCGUCUGAUGGUUCUACUACAGUAUCAGCCAAUUCUUCUCCUGGUGUAGAACAGCAAAUGGCAGAUGUUAACAUAAUACUUAACCCAACAUCUGUUGCCAAUGACUCGACUCAUUUCAAUCCCAUUAAUGAUUUGUAUCCUAACCAUCACUCCGUUGUAAAUCAGAGCAAUGCCGGAAGCACACCAGUUAGUUCGCGAAAUUCGUCAGUAGAUCAACAACAGAAUUAUGCGCCAUCACAGAGAACAAAUGGAAAUGUUCUUGAUCAUCCACGCAAAAAGUUGCGACGCUCAACCAAUGAUAGUCAACAGUCAUCGCAAAGUCAAACUUCACUCAGCUUACCACCACCGACUUCUGCUGCUAUGGUCAGAACUAACACAACUUUAACCGAAGAUACUUUGGCCCCUAGUGCAACUAAUGGUACAUUAUUACCAGCACCAAGCUACGAGGAACACAGUGUGGUUUUAAAUAACAAUCACAAAGUGAAUAAUGUGCCACCAGCCACAGGCAACAAGGAAAACACUAAACCCGUUGAAUACAUUUUACGAAGACCACGUAAUUGCACAUUGCUACACACCUACAAACAGACUUGGAAAUCCGCAAAUAAUCAUUUCCAACGGCAUUCAGACGUAAAGCCACGUGAAGAAAGACGUCCAACUGUUAUUGAUUUGGCAAAUCAGACAAAUGUCCAGGGUAAAAUAAACGGUUGGAAAAUUCAUCAUUUGCGUUCGCAAAUGGAAGAUUUGUGCGAGAAUGAGUCGAACGGAUAUGACAAACUUGCUGAAAUGUUGCAACAGAUGGAGACGCACGAGACAAGUCCAGAAUUGGAACGCAUCAACGAGCUACUAAAAGGAAACAUGCAACGUAGCAAAAUUAUUAUUGACGGCUUAACUGACGCCCAAAGUCAGAUAAUGAAGAUAUUUGAACACAAGUCUCAUGUCUCCGACAUUAUCAAUCGUUGUGCAUCGAAACGUAACUUUAAGAAGCGCGAAAAAGUUUAGACUUCAUUCUCAUUUAUACCAUUUCUUUCUAAUAAAUUAUUUUUAAUUUUAAAUAAAAUAUUGACUGCUACUGAAUACGGUAAAAAGUUAAUUUAGAUUUUAUUUUUUUCUAUGAACACCCGAAACG